UGACUGUUUCAACUCAUCCUGGUGUUCCUCUCUCUCAUGACAGGCAAGAAGUGGCGCGCCCUCACGCCCACGGAGCGCCGCCCAUACGUGGAGGAGGCGGAGAGGCUGCGGCUCAAGCACAUGGCCGAGCACCCGGACUACAAGUACCGCCCGCGGCGCCGCAAGCCGCAGCAGCCUAAGAAACCCGGUGGGUCGACGGCGUCCCCAGGGGCGGCGCCCCUUCCAUCAGCGUCUUCCUGUUCCACUACCACCACCACCACCACCACCGUCCCUUCCUCUUCCACCAACACCCAGAUCAAAAAAGAGGGAGCCAUGAUUCCUGGCGGCUUCUUGCAGGCGACGCUGACGGCACCGCUGACCAACACUCACAGCAGCAGUAAUCCAAGCAGCGGAAAUGCUUCCUCUGUGGCACCCUCGUCCUACCAGGCACCCGUGUUGGCACUGCACACACCGGAUGCCUCCCCCACCUGCUCCCCCGAGCCCGCCUGGCCUCCCCCGCCCCCUCAGGGACCGCCCCUUCCCCCCUGCACCCUCGCCGCUCUUCCCACCCCUCCGGAAGCCUCCCCCCACGACCACGACCGCCUACACACCCCUACCAGCCUACACCACCAGGCGGAGCAGCAGGCGACGCCGCAACAUCACCUUCACCACCACCACCAGCAGCAGCAGCACCAGCAGCAGCAGCACCACCACCACCAACAGCAGCAGCACCACCACCACCACCACCUAGAAGCACCCAACGCUGCAUCGAAGCUGCUGCACUACUUCUCCCAGAGUCAGCAGGGCUACCCGGGCUUCUAUACCGGGGCUACGUAUUCGCCAGCCGCUUACGACUGCCACGACUACAUAACCGGGACUGACGGCUACUACCCGUCCCAGUACGACCCUCAGGGCUACACCCACCAUCCGGCCUUCGCCCACCCUCCCUACAGCAGUCCCAGGGGCGAGGUGGGCGGUGACGGAGGCGGCGGUGGCGUCCCUGUGGGCACCGUCCCCAUAGGCAGCAUCCCCGUCGGUAGCGAGGGCGAGAUCUUCGACGACGUAGACCGCUCCGAGUUCGACCGCUACCUGAAAGGACCGGAACGAGUAGCGGCCGUCAGCGCCUCCUUCACCUACACCCCGCCCGCCAACCCCAGGUACUUACAGGUGGGCGGGGGACACUACCAGUCCUCCCAGUUCGUGGCGUUGAUCAAAGAUGAGCCCGAGGACUCGUGUGCCAGUGGAGGCGCAGGAGGUCCCGGAGGAGGCUCUGAAGGUGAAGGCGAGACCAAGUCUAAGGACGCGCCACACCCGUCUCCGGAGCCCAACGCCUCCAAGUCUGACACGAACACUUCGAGUCUGCUCUCCGCCCUCGCCGAUGUCCGGGAACUGUACUACGAGCACUCGUAGGCGCCAUUACCUCUUCCUCCAGUGGCCUGCGAGAGGCGCUACGAGGAACCCCCCUUCUCCGACGGCAGCAUGAACCGGCGACCCUUCAAGAUCAAGAUUUAAGACGCGUAUAUGGCUAAUUCUGCCGCGCCGCCGCCGACACGUCGUCGCCACCAGCAGGAGAGACUCGUGAAGGACAAACCACAGUGUUGUUGAUAAGCCAGAACCAAAGCCAAACUAUUCUCGUUUUCUGUUAUUUGACUUAAAGUUAGACGAAAUCUUGUGGGUUACAAACUCGUGUGUGUGUGUGUGUGUGUGUGUGUGUGUGUGUGUGUGCAUGCGCGCGCGUGUGACUAUAUUCCUUGUAAACUUACGUCGUCAGAAAUGAAUUAUAGUAGCAUACGGACAUACAGACGUAUUAAACUUAUUAUAGUGAUUACUAUCCCGGUAUUGAUACCUAAGACGUUUCAAAGUGAUGACCCCCUCUCCCCAAUAAUAUUGACCCCCAAACGACAAUUAGAGACCCCCAAUCCCAUCUGUUUUCCUAUACUAAAACAAAAUCAAUUAAAAUCAAUAAACAACACAAAAAAAUGUUCAUAAAUGUUCGGUAUGACUGAGAGUGUUGGCAAGAUCUUGAUAAUUGCUUCAAAACACAAGUCGCCUGGAAGCAUUCCUAAGACGCAAUGACAGAUGGACGCAAGAGAGACGCAAUAACAGCUGGAACUACCUCAGCCGAGACUGGAACUCCGGCUGGAACUACCUCAGCCGGGACUGGAACUCCGGCUGGAACUACCUCAGCUGGAACUACACAUAUUACUGUAUCGUACUGAACACACACACAAAUAAUUCUCUGUGGACGAGUGUUUUCUGGCGUAUACCAUUGCGUAUUUGUGUUUAGAACUUAGAAAGUACAAAAGGUGUGCCUUUACUUAUUGAGUUUACGCGAGGAGUUACAUAUCAGACUGGUCUUCCUGUCAUGUAUAUAUAUAGAUAUAUACACACACAUAUAUAUGUCACACAACACGAGACUUCAUAAGUGCAGAAACCACAAAAGACAAAUGAAAUGAUCUGAGCUCAGAGGUCCCCACUAGGGAGGUCUUCUCAGAGACUAACGAGAGACCCAAAGUGGGAUAUAGAUGCGCUCAGCUCAUUUCAUUUUUCGUGUGUGUGUGUGUGUGUGUGUGUGUGUGUGUGUGUGUGUGUGUGUGUGUGUGUGUGUGUGUGUGUGUGUGUGUUUGUGUUUGUAAUGUACUUGUGAAGUCGCGUGUUGUGUAGCAUCCUACAAUCUUCCUGCUUCAAAAUCCGUGUAUUCCAUGUAUGUAUUGAAGGCUGUAAUGCUUUCUUAUGUUGAACUCGAUAUAUUUUUUGUGAUUUCACCAGAUUCAGUGACAUAUUGUAGCUAUGUUUCUUAUGCUCCCUUGAUUCCUAUUCCUUCCUACACUUCCAUAUUCCCUUCCCUUCCCACUCUUCUUCCUUCCCGCUCUCUUUCCCAUCUCCUCCCCUCACUCUCCUGUCCCCCAGCUUCCACAGGAGACGGGACGCCUCUGUAGAACGUUGCUCUAGAGAUCUCUAAGAGCUCUUAUCAGUCUUUAGAGUCAUAUUUGGCCGUAUCCCGUGACAGUCUUGUGGCGACCCCCUGAUUUAAACACUUCCGAUCUGACUAUUGAAAUUAUAAUGGUAUUUUGGAUCUGAUUCAAGUUCAGGAAUGUGUAUACCUUGACCCAGUGUCUGUUUCCAGGUAGACUGUAAACUCUGGUAUACACACACACAAUAAUAUGAUUAAAUGUAUGAGAAAAUCUCUGGGGUAGGGCUGUGGGCUCGAACCGUCGUCUUUUUGGAUUCAGUUAUCUCCGUGCAUAAUAGAGAAUAAACCAAUUUAAUAUGGAAUAAAUCAUGCCAAGUAGAUUAAGAGUGCAAAAUAAACUAUAGCGCUAGUUCUGAAUUGUCUUGCCUUUAAUAGCACUAAAAGUCAACCUUUUGUCGAUAUCCUGAGUCAUGACGUCAUUGUGAUGACGUGUGCUGUGAUGUAACGACAGCGUCGAUCUCGUGACGUCAUUGGUUUCGCGACGUCACAGAUCAUGCUGACGUCAUUGGUUGAUGUGCUUCGGUUGAUCUUGAGAAUGAUUAUUGUAUUGCAGUAAUGUAUUUUUUUAUUUUAUUUUCUCCCGCAUUCGAGUCUCAUCAACAUUUUUGUACAUGCUGUUGUUAGCUAAUGAAUUUUUGUACAGAGAAUUUAUUAAUAUAUUCGUAUAGAACAAUUACACAGUACUAGUGGUUAGAAUAGAUCCCCUUGAUGAGUUGACUAGACAACAUAAUGUUUUUCUCACCAGUUUAGAUGUUCCACACUUCAUUAUUAUUAUUAUUAUUAUCAUUCCUCUACGAAUGAUGGUGGUGGUGUAGGGUUCGUGGCUGUUUGUUCCUUUUGCCCUCUACCUUAAACUGUCUUCAUCUUGAGAGAGAGAGAGAGAGAGAGAGAGAGAGAGAGAGAGAGAGAGAGAGAGAGAGAGAGAGAGAGAGAGAGAGAGAGAGAGAGAGAGAGAGAGAGCAUGUGUGGAGUGGACAUGCUAGAAUGUACAAAUGCAAUUAUAAAUGUGCCUUAAAGUGACUAUGUCUUCCCAAGUGUCUUUGCAACUUUUACAAGUGCCUUAUCAAAUGUUUAAGUUCACAGACAACUUUACAAGUGCCUUAUAAAUUAAAUUUGCAAUAGUUGAGGUGUCUUCCGGAACUGAACAAGGCCUUUAUAUCCUCUUAACUGCCAAUUACAAGAUUAAGAUGUUCUAUAUGUCUUCCUAAACGUUCCAUCGCUUCAAUAUAGUGUGUGCCUUUCUGAAACAGUGAGUGCUAAGUAAAGCCAAGUGGACUUAAUGGCAAAUCCACGAUCUUAUUUACAUUAUAUAUAUCUGUGUAACUCAGGUAACAUGCACCUAGAUUAGCUUUUAUUGAAAUGGUUUGUAGGUAUGUUUGAUGGGAGGCUUGUGUUUGUGCGUGAGUGUGAGUGUGUGUGUGUGUGUGUGUGUGUGUGUGUGUGUGUGUGUGUGUGUGUGUGUGUGUGUGUGUGUGUGUGUGUGUGUGUGUGUCCUUUCGUGUUUCUUGUGUCUUGGUAAAUGGGCAAUGGAUCUUCUGUGCCUCAUCUACUCCUCUCUUAGCCUUCAGAGUCUGUACACACAACAUCUCAACUGCUCCAUCCAUUCUCUCAGACCCUUCAGCCACCUCCUCCAUCCCGUCUCCUUCCCUGUAUCACCCCCGACUCUCAUCACUCAUCCACCAGCAGGGAACGACUGAAACUCCAGUUCCUUCCUCCACUUACUACCUAUAAUUACUAUUAUAAUCCACCACCCAAACAGUGUCAACUAAUUCACCACCGUCACUAUCGCCACCACCUCUGCCAGUUCUAUUACGUCCACAACGUCACUAUCCCCCACUACCAUCAUUGCUAUCCCUACAACCACUAAGAAUCCCCCCGCUGCCACCAUUGCUAUCCCAACAACCAUUAUCAAUCCCCCCGCUGCCACCAUUGCUAUCCCUACGAGCAUUAUCAAUCCCCCGCUGCCACCAUUGCUAUCCCUAUGACCAUUACCAAUCCCCCCGCUGCCACCAUUGCUAUCCCUACGACCAUUAUCAAUCCCCCCGCUGCCACCAUUGCUAUCCCUACGACCAUUUUCAAUCCCCCCGCUGCCACCAUUGCUAUCCCUACGACCAUUUUCAAUCCCCCCGCUGCCACCAUUGCUAUCCCUACGACCAUUAUCAAUCCCCCCGCUGCCACCAUUGCUAUCCCUACGACCAUUAUCAAUCCCCCCGCUGCCACCACCCUACAACCACUACCAGCCUCCACAAAUAUUACUCCACUGAUCGUUAGAGCCACAUCAUUCUACCACUAUCAUUACUAAUACCACCACUGCCAUCCUUACCACCACCACUACUUCAACUACCACCCUCAAUGCACCUUUCAUAAAUAUUAUAGAUGAAGAGAACUUAAAAUUUAUUACAAGUAAUGAUAAUAAAAGAUCGGGAUUA